AUGGCCUGGGCCACAUCUCAAUCGGUCGGCUGUGCGUGGGCGGUGUGCAAAAAUGGAGUGGACAAUGUGGCGAUCGUUGUUUGUCGAUAUACACCAGCGGGAAACACGGCUGGAGUGAAAGCCUAUGUCCAAGGGCCAACAACUUGUUCGGCUUGCCCUCCAACUGCAGCUCCUUGUGACAAAACAACUGGGCUUUGUGUAAAACCACCAGAUUACAAGCUUUUCCCGGCCGCUGAUCAGGCCUACUUUUUAAAUAAAUUCAACACAAUCCGCUCGCAAAUGGCUCUCGGAAAAGUGACAUGGAAUAAUAGGAGCUGGGAUGAAGAGCAUGACUAUCCCUAUAUUGAUCAGGCAAACGAGACGAUUCACUGGCCAGCAUCAAAAGCCACAUAUCAAUUGAAAUGGGACACAGGACUGGCUCUGUCUGCGGGCAAAAAGCUUGGCUCGCUGAAAUAUGUUGGAGACACUGGAGUGAGCGUUGUCUUAAACGGGAGUGUCGGUCUAUUUGGCUACAAUCUCAUGCCUUGUUGUAUGGCGGUGAGACAAGAGACCGAGAAGACCUUGCAGCAAAUGAUCCAUGGUGCCUGGUUCUCCUCUUGGUACGGCUGGUUGUCAACAUAUGGAACUCUCAAAGCCGCCUAUCAUACUGUAACCGAUAACACAGAUUUCGUACAAGUUCAAGAGGAUUACGGAUAUACGUACUUGGCGGGAAGUGCUCGAAAAAUUGGAUGCGCCUAUCGAAAUGACACGGUUUAUUGGGCGAUUUUGUGCUACACGUGGCCAAAAGGUCUAACGGUGAAUUCGGCUUUCUACCCAACGGGAACACCCGCUUGCGCCUCUUGUCCAACGGCCACCGCCCCGUGCACAAAGGCCACUGGGCUCUGUGUCCUUAAA